AUCCUGACCCACUCCAACCAGCCCAGUUGGUCUCCUGUUCUCUUCUCUUCUCCAGCCGAGCCGAUCACAGAUCAGCCGGUCGGCAGCUUGGGUUGCUUGGAAUGAGAGCGGAGCUCGUCGCUCGGCUCAGGUAGAGCACCCGCGACGAUCGGAUUCACGAGACGAAGCUGCUCUGCUCUGCCUUGGAGCUGGACGAAUAUUUCCAUGUAACAGUGAACCAAGUGAAGAGAAGGAGCACACUGAUCGCAAGAGUGUCAGGAUGGCAACAGAAGGAGAAGAGGCAGCUUCUGCGGUGAAAAGUCAGGCUGAAAGCUCUACAGCUACAGAAGACAUUGAACCUAGAAGCAGUGGACCGGUUGUACAGGAGAACGGUUCAGCUGACUCUCACGAUGAGCUCUUCCAAAUGGUCACUCAACUUAGGCUAGAAAAUGAGUUCUUGAAAUCUCAGUUUGAAGGCUUGAAGAAUCUCCAACAGAAGGAUGCUGGAUGCAGCCAGCAAACUGAAAUCGACCGGCAGGAUGGCGAAGAUGUGAAACAGCUCCUUGAAAGGCUAGACUCACUGAAUAAGGAACUGUUGGAGGAAAAGCAGACAAGGGCUGCGGCAGAGGAGGCUCUGAAGCAUCUGAGGACUGUGUACUCAGAGGCAGAUGCACGAUCCCAGGAGCUCUCCACCAAGCUAGCUGAAGCCCAGCAAAAGAUGGAUCGGGAAAUCAAAGAGCGUGAUGAGAAGUACUCAGAACUAGAUUCCAAAUUUAGCAGACUCCAUAAAAGAGCAAAGCAGCGCAUUCAAGAGGUUCAAAAGGAAAAAGAUGACCUUGAGGCUCGAUUUCGUGAAGUAAAUGUGACAGCAGAGCAAGCAUCAUUGCAACAUUUAGCUUUGCAGCAAGAGGUUGAACGGACUCGUCACCAAGCAAAUGAAGCAUUAAAAGCAAUGGAUGCUGAAAGACAACAAUUAAGAAGCACCUGCAAUAAACUUCGAGAUGACAGCGAAGAAAUACGCCGUUCUUUGCAACAUAAAGAGCUUGCCCUUGAGUCAUUGCAACAAUCACUUAUGGAGAAGGAGCAGAUUCUGGAAGACCUCCACGGGUUGCUAAGAGCUGCGGAUGAGAAGAGGCAAACUGCACUAGCUGAGUUGUCUGCCAAGCAUCAAAAGAAUAUAGAAAGUUUAGAAAUCCAACUUGCCGAUGCAACAUCUGACAGAAGCAAAGCCACAGCUGUUAUAUCUUCCUUGCAGGCACUAGUUGCAGAAAAGGAAUCUAAAAUUGCGGAGAUUGAUGCAGCUUCUAGCGGAGAAGCAGCGAGACUAAAAGCUGCUCUGGAUACAGUCAAGGGAGAGGUUUCCCAUUUGAAAAGUGAGCAUGCAAAAGAGAAGGAAAGCUGGGAAGCUAUGUAUCAAGCACUUAAGGUGAAACUUGAAAUUGCUGAGAGUAACUGCGUACAUGCUGAAGUUGAAGUAGCCAAGCUAAAAAGUCAGCUGGAAAUAGAGAUGUCUUCGCAAGCUCAGAUGUUAAAUGCUAAAGAUGCUGAACUAGCAGCUGCCAAGAAGGAGAUUGUUCACCUACAAACUGAAUUCUCAUCGUACAAAAGUCGUGCUCAUGCACUUCUCCAAAAAAAAGAAGCAGAGCUCGCUGUCGCAAACAAUUCCGAACAAAUUAAGGCACUUGAGGAGGCUCUGAAGGAGUUGGAAAAAGAAGCAUCAGAAGCAUGCUUAACGAGAGACAAAGCCCUUCAAGAUCUUCAAGCUGCUUUAUCUAAUCAUGAUAAAGAACUUGCAGAAAGAGAUGCAGCCCUUCUCAAUGCCAAGCAGCAGAUCAACAGCAUUGAAAUGAAACUAGACGCUGUCAUAAACAGCCAGCAGAAGGAGAAGGAAGCAUGGGAAUCAGAUAUGCACAACCUGGAAGAUACAUGGCGCAUCAGAUGCAAUGCAAUCAAGGCUGAAAUAGGAACAGCUUCUGGUCAAGAUCUAAAGAAGGAAUUAGAAGAACUUAAGCUCCGAUACAAGAGAUUGAAGGCGGAACAUGAUUCAUUUCGAGAUAUUGCUGAUAGGAUGAUUGAGGAGAAGGACAAAGAAAUCUCUCGACUUUUUGAUGAUAACAGCAAUCUUCAGCGAUCUCUUGAAUUGAGACUACCAGGUGACCAGAAUGGUGUCAGCACAGCUUUGCAGAAGCAGGAUCCAUCAAUUUCAGGCACCUCUGCCGCUGAACAGCAAAUUCUGCUUUUGGCAAGGCAACAAGCUCAGAGAGAGGAAGAGCUAGCUCAGUCUCAGCGCCAUAUUUUAGCACUUCAAGAAGAGAUCGAGGAGCUUGAACGUGAAAAUCGUCUGCACGCACAGCAGGAAGCCAUGUUGAAGGCUGAGCUUCGGAACAUGGAAAGGACACAAAGGAGGGAGGGGGUGGAUAUGACAUAUUUAAAAAAUGUAAUUUUGAAGCUUCUCGAAACAGGUGAGGUUGAAGCCCUUCUACCUGUGGUUGCCAUGCUGCUGCAAUUCAGUCCAGAAGAGUUGCAGAAAUGUCAGCAAGCAUACCGUGCCUACGCAGAUGUCCCAGCAAGCCUGACAACUGAUUCUUCUGCAUCUUCGCGCUCACUCUUUUCAAGAUUCUCAUUUUCCUAGCUUCAUAAACUAUCUAUGAUUAGUGUCCAAAAAUGACUACGGCAUCCUGAGAUGCUAAGCUGUGAGCGCCCAGUUUUAUCUGACGGGCUCGCAUGGUUUAUCUCUUUGUUCUACAUUUAAUUCUUUAUUACAAUAAAGUUUUUGAUGCUGUAAAGUAAACAGUGGGAGUUGAGAUGUAUAUUAGAUGUAAGAGAAACAAUGCUGUUCCUUUUCUUUGUUUGUCAAUUUACGUUUCUUAUAUUGAAAACUGCAUGUGGAGUC